UGUUUGUGUGUGUGUGUGCGUGUGUGUGUGUGUGUGUGUGUGUGUGUGUAACAUGCCCGAGCCCGAGCAGGGAUAGUUACAGCACCAUCAGUCGAGAUGGAUUCAAUGCACAGGGCGGCGCUGGAUAUCUCCACCAGGAAUCCUCAGGACGACUUUGAGGUUCUUCUGAGGGUGGGAGGAGGAACCUACGGAGAAGUCUACAAGGCUCGUAACAAGCAAAAUGGAGAGCUGACAGCCAUCAAGGUCAUCAAGAUGGAACCAGAGGACGACUUCUCGAUCAUUCAGCAGGAGAUUGUCAUCGUGAAGAGCUGCAAACAUCGAAAUAUAGUUGCAUAUUAUGGCAGCUACAUACGCGCCAACAAGCUGUGGAUCUGUAUGGAGUUUUGUGGAGGAGGCUCCCUGCAUGACAUCUACCACGUGACUGGUCCUCUGUCUGAGCCACAGAUAGCCUUCGUCUGCAGGGAGACGCUGCAGGGCCUGGACUACCUCCAUGGAAAGAAGAAGAUCCACAGAGACAUCAAGGGUGCCAAUAUCCUCCUCAUGACAGGCGAGGUCAAGCUAGCUGACUUUGGGAUCUCGGCCCAGAUUACAGACACCCUGGCCCGACGGAUGUCUUUCAUCGGGACGCCAUAUUGGAUGGCGCCAGAGGUGGCAGCGGUGGAGCUUAAAGGAGGCUAUAAUGAGUUGUGUGACAUCUGGUCUGUGGGCAUCACAGCUAUCGAGCUGGCUGAGCUUCAGCCGCCACUUUUUGACAUCCACCCACUACGGGUCCUCUUCCUCAUGUCGAAGAGUGGUUACCAGCCUCCUAAACUGAAGGACAAAUCUAAAUGGUCUUCCACGUUCUACAGCUUUGUAAAGGCCAUGUUGGUGAGGAACCCGAAGAAGAGACCCAGUGCCUCCAAGAUGCUGUCGCACGUGUUUGUGACCCAGCAGUGUCUCAAACAGGACCUGAUCCUGGAUCUGCUGGAGAAGGUCCAACACCCGGAGAAACUGAAGAGCUGCCUGGUCUCAGAGGAGGACGAGAUGGAGGUGGCGGUACCCGGUUCCCUCAGGAGAAUCCACUCCAUCAAUAGACAUAACCAGGCUCAGAGGACUGACUCUGACAUCACCUUGGAGCAAAUCUAUACUCAGAGGCCGGUAAAGAAAGACUCACUGGGAGCAACGUUACACCGAUCACUGGGAUCUACUAAUAGUGGACAGAGCCCAGUCAGAGACCUCAAUGUGGAUGAGGACUCAGAUGAUGAUUAUGACGAUGUGGACAUCCCUACUGUACAGACCACCAGAGUUCUCUCAAUGCCGGCUGAUGACGUCCCACCUCCACUUCCUCCAAGGUCCAAGGUGCGGACCAGCUCAGAGGAGAACAUGACGGCGGAGGAGGAUCGGUUGCGGGUGCCUGGCUCCCUCCUCGCCCCCUCACCUCUCCUGCGGACCUCGAGCGGCACGCACACGCGACCUGUCCCAAGACCGCGCUCCACGAGACAUACCCGCUCAGAACCUGUGCCCCGCCCGGACCAGCUGACUGACUGUCCUGCCGACCUCAUCCCUCCUGAGCUUCCCCCAAAAGACCCUCGCAGGAGGCAACAGCAAGCCAGGGAAUCAGCUGAAUGUGUAACUCCUGUCCUGAGGAAGCCCACUGUCAGUUUUAAGAAGGUCUUCCACGGCUGUCCUCUCAAAGUCAUCUGCUCCACAAUCUGGGAAAACCCAACCAGCAAAGACCAGCAUCUGAUCCUGGGAGCCGAAGAAGGGAUUUACACCCUCAACCUCAAUGGCUCUGAGGCCACCAUGGAGCUGUUGUAUCCAGGGAAGUGCACCUGGGUCUACAUCAUUAACAAUGUCCUCAUGUCCGUAUCAGGUAAAUCGUCACAGCUUCAUUCCCAUUCAAUGAAGGAGUUGCAUGAGCAGGCACGGAAAGACCAGAGGAUAGUCGCCAUAACAACACACAGACUGUUACCUCGGAAAUACUCAGUGACCUGUAAGAUACCAGAUACCAAGGGCUGCAGGACCUGUUCAGUCGCGGGUAACGUGCAGCGCGGCGUUGUCUUCCUGUGUUGUGCUCUGGAGUCUAGCGUGGUGCUGCUCCAGUGGUAUGAGCCCAUGCACAAGUUCAUGCUCAUCAAGCAUUUUGACUUCCCCCUGCCCAGCCCCCUGCGGCUGUUCGAGAUGCUGGUGAUUCCCCAGCAGGAGUACCCGCUGGUCUGCAUCGGCAUGUCCCGAGGCCUGUGCCCCAACCAGCCAGUCGUCAUGGAAACCAUUAACCUCAACUCCAACACUUCCUGGUUCACCAGCACCGGCCUUGAGAAACAAAGCCCAAACAUGGUACAGGUGAACCAGCUGGACAGUAGCUCAGUGCUGGCCCUCAUUGACAAGUCAGUGCACAUAGUUAACCUUGAGGGGGAGCUAAAGAGCAACAGGAUUCACGACACCACCUUCUGUUUUGACGUGGAGGCUGUAGUAUAUUUUGAAGACACACUGCUGGCGGUGUGGCGUCACGGUUGGCAGAGAAGAGGAGAGUCUUUCACUGAGGUCCUUCAGGAGGCCAGAGACCUCCAUAAGAUCUACAGGCUGGUGGGGUCGGACAGGAUGGCUGUCUUGGAGACGCGACAGACCGAGGACCAAUCAGGGUUUAGUAACCUGUACAUCCUGGGAAAUGCCGAGAACUACAUCCUGUUGCCGUGACCGACCCAGGCAGAGAGCCUCAUGGGAGCUCCGAUAGUCCCCUUUCCAUAUUGUACAUCAUCAGCGAGGAACUCGUGGCGUUUGAUGGAGGGGCCGCCGACACAUAGCACGUCCACAUUUAUUUUUUUUUUCGGUUAUCAUCCCCGUUGGUUGUUUUCAACACGGGUGGACAGAUCGUCUCCGUAUGACAAUAUCUUCCAAGCGUGAGGGCUUGGACGAUGUACUGAAAGGGAGUCGACACGUCGCUCUGUUAUUCCCGCCCUUCUCAAAGGACAUCUUUCAGACCCACAUUUCUCAAUCUGGAUGACCUGCAGUCGCCCAGUCUUCUUAUAACUAACAUUUGAUAGCGUGUGAGCUGAGAAUAGGUUUUGUACAGCACACUAGUGCGGAUGUGGAAAACCCCGAUGAACCCUGAUCAUUCUGAUUGACCCCCCCCCCCCCGACAGCAAAGCACAAGAGGGUAUCUUCUUUGGUUGAGGUUGGGUCAAAAGCAGCAGCGGCCGAUGUCCCCCCCCCCCCCCACACUUUUUCUCCCCAAUAGUACACGUCCAAUUACCCCACUCUCCCGAGCCGUCCUGGUCUCUGCUCCACCCCUUCUGCUGAUCCGGGGAGGGCUGCAGACUACCACAUGCCUCCUCCCAUACAUGGGGAGUCGCCAGCCGCUUCUUUUCACCUGACAGUGAGGCGUUUCACCGGGGGGACGUAGCACGUGGGAGGAUCACGCUACCCCCCCCUGAACGGGUACCCCGACCGACCAGAGGAGGUGCUAGUGCAGCGACCAGGACACAUACCCACAUCCAGUUUCCCACUGUAGGGUAACACGGGGAUUCGAACCGGCGAGCCCCGUGUUGGUAGGCAACAGAAUGGACCGCCAUGCCACCCGGACACCCCUGCAGCAGCCGAUGUUGACGGACAUAUCAGCGGAUGCUCCUCUGAAGCCUUCAUCAUCUCGUUCAUAACCUUGUGAAAGGACUGCUCAACCCAGAGCCCUGUGUCGCACCGGUAUUGCUUAUGGUGUGUUGUUGUGCGUCAUAUUUGUUUCUGUUGGUUCACGGAUGCCCCCCCCCCUCACCGCUGUUACAUUGUAAUAAAG